AUGGUCAAUCCUCUCCUCAUCCUCCCGUUACUAAACGCAUCAACCUUGACGAACAACAUCGACGGAUGCUACGAACAAAAGCCUCCCGGACAAACUCAGCUCGUGUCCACUACAUUCACCGUCUGCUCUCAAGCAAUCAACCGCAUCACUGCCGGUCGUACUCUCGACACGCCUCUUGCUUUUGGUCGCACGGUCAAGGUUGGGCACAAAGUACCAGAUUGGUUCGUUCAGAAAGGGUUCUAUGGCACUUGCGUCAUCAAGAUCGACACGCAAGACAACGAGCAGGACACGUUGACUUGGAGAGACAUCGUCGUUAGCGCAAGCAAUCUGAGAGACCUGUGUGUUGCAGCGCCGCCACAUCUGGGUGGGGAGGGGAAGGCAGGUCCUAAGCAGCUGCUGGGUGUAAUGAUCUACGGUCUCAGCAAGGAUGUCGACUUGGCUUUACCAAUGGGCUCGAGCGGGCUAGUUCAGGGUCGGAUGUUUGAUGCGUGA